CAAGACGGAAGGGAGAGCGAAGGCCCCCUCGGGCACCGGGCGGCGGUUGACGUGUCGGUGGGGAGAGGCGGCAGCGCUGGGGGAGCACCAUGUCGAAAGUCACCUUUAAAGUGACGCUCACCUCGGACCCGCGGCUGCCCUACAAAGUGUUAAGUGUGCCUGAAAGUACACCUUUCACAGCUGUCUUGAAGUUUGCUGCAGAAGAAUUCAAAGUUCCUGCAGCAACAAGUGCCAUUAUAACAAAUGAUGGUAUAGGAAUAAACCCUGCUCAGACAGCAGGAAAUGUAUUUCUAAAGCAUGGUUCAGAUCUACGGAUUAUUCCCAGAGAUCGAGUUGGAAGUUCUUCACAUCUCCUGAAAGCUUUGGAAUAAAUGACAUUGCCAUGCAGCGAAGGUCUAUUUAUUUUGGAACUCUAAAAUGCAACUAAUGAGUUGGCUUUUUCUUUGAAAGCUAGCAAAUUGACUUCCCAAGAUUUGAUUUUUUUGAAACAAGAGAAGGUUUAAUUUCCUCACUAAAGUAUAUUAACUCAUGGACUGCUUCUUCCCUGACUGGUAGAAGAAUGGGCUGAUUGCAUGUUGUGUUCCUGACAGAAAGAUGGACUUCUCUGUAUUAGGUGUUACUGACACCCCAAGGGUAAAUAACACAGCCACCACCAAUAGAUAUUUAAAAUAUUGGAUAUUGUUGAGCCUUCUCUGUGGAAUGGAGAAACUAUGUUAUCAUUUUGCUACACAAAAAUUAUUUCUACUCAGUGCUAAGACUUUUUUCUUUUCCCUUCCUAAACUUACUCCCAUGUUUAAAGGAACGGUUUUCACAUGGUUCAAGCAUUAAGUCAUAUAGCAGGGAAGUUUCAGGGGUUUAUUACUCAAAGAAGUAAAUAGCUGCCAAAUAUUCCAAGGUAAUUGUAAGAUUUAACUGCUGCAAACAUUUUGGAUAAAGGAGAAAACAGAGGUUUCUACACGUUAAAACUUCAUUUGAUACACUGUGAAGUUGAAUUAAAUGCAGUUUUAGAGGUUUUAUGAAACAUAUUCUCACAUGAAGUGCCAGCAGUUGAGCAGGACUGCAGCAUAAUUUGGGGAUGUGUAGAUACUGGUCAAAUAAUGUCAUUCCUUUUCCAGUAAACUCAUACUGGUUCUUUCUAAAAGUCUUUUUUUGUUACUGUGUCUUACAUGGGAAACAGCAUAGAAUUUACUGAAACGUGUUCAGAUUAUAUGCAUCUUGUUUAUAAAUUGCCAGGGACAAACAAUCAGUUGUGUGUCUUAAUUAGAAAAAUUGCUGCUUCUCUUGAACUGGUUAUCUCCUUUGUGAUUUAGUACGUUUGGCAAAAUCUUACCCUGUAGCAUUUCUUUUUUCUGUCCUACAGAGUUUAACAGGAAGAAGAAUGGGCAAUGUAGUGCUUGGUUAGAUGAAUAUUGUCACAAAUACAAAUGUCCUGUGCAAUAAUUGUGCUCUACAAAGAUGUUCAGAUAAUGUAUCAGUACAAAAUGCCCCUCUGCAUGGGUGUAUAGUGAGUAUAUAGAGGGAUACUCUUCUGAAAGUGAUAUUUGACUCUGAACAUUUUCCAACUCUAAAUGAAUUGUAAAAUUCUGAGUAUUCCUUUAUUUUAAUAAACAAUUGUAUGAAAAAAGUGCAAA